AUGGGAUAAGAUUGUUCUGCUUGUACAACAUGUUAAAAAGGGGAUAAAUAAAACGAAUUUACUACCGAUCCUAUAGUCGAUAACGGUGCUACAGCCCAAUUAUAUUCUGGUCGUUAAAGUGAAAAAUAAUCUAGUAAUAUAAACAAUAUUAUAGUGUUAAAUUCUCAAAAAUCCCAAAAUCAAGAGUCUUAAAUACAAUAAUAAUAAUAACUAAGUUCUUUUAGGUAAUAAUAAAAUUAAAGUUAAUUUGCCGAAGAACCUUAAUAUGAUGAUUAAAAUAAUGUUACAGGAAAUGAAAAUGAAUAACGAUAUUUCACAGCAGAGGAAUAUUAAGAAACAUUAUAAUUAAGUUACAAAAACUAUAAUUAAAGGUUAAAAAGAUCUCCUUAUUAAUUUAAAACAGGUGCAAUAUAUGAAGGAGAAUGGAAAGGAAAUGUAAGAGAUGGUUUUGGUAUUCAAACAUGGGCAGAUGGUGCUAGAUAUGAAGGAGAAUGGUUAAUUAAUAAAGCAAGUGGAUACGGUAAAUUUUACCAUGUAGAUGGAGAUAUAUAUGAUGGUUAAUGGAAAGAUGAUAAAGCGAAUGGAAAAGGUAUGUAUAUUCAUACUAAUGGAGCAAAAUAUGAUGGAUAAUGGAAAAACGAUCUUUAAGAUGGAUAUGGUAUAGAAACCUGGGCAGAUGGAUCUAAAUAUGAAGGAUAUUAUAAAGAAACAAGAAAACAUGGUAAUGGGACGUAUUUAUGGUCUGACGGAUCUAAAUAUGAAGGAGAUUGGUAUGAAAACAAAAUUUCAGGAUAUGGAAUAUAUACUUGGCUAGACGGAAGAAGAUAUGAAGGUUAAUGGUUAAAUAAUAAUAUGCAUGGUUAAGGUAUUUAUACUUGGAAAGAUGGAAGAAAAUACGAAGGAUAUUAUUAAUAUGAUAAGAAACAUGGAUUAGGUACUUAUAUUUGGGCUGACGGGAGAUAAUAUACAGGUUUUUGGGCUUACGGAAAAUAAAAUGGAAAAGGUAAGUAUGUGCUUCCAAAUGGUGAAGUUAAAAUCGGACUUUGGGAAGAUGGAAAAAGAAUUAAAUGGCUUGAAGAAGUAAAUGAGUUAGAUUGA